GGCCAUCUUACGAACCUCGUGGGUUGUAAAUUACACGUGCCAGCAUGAAUGCAGACAAGCUCAAUAAACUGUCCUCUCAAGUGCGUAUUGGGGGCAAGGGUACACAAAGAAGAAAGAAGAAAGUUGUCCACAGAACUGCCACAAUAGAUGACAAAAAAUUACAAAGCUCACUCAAAAAAUUAGGUGUUAGUAAUAUCCCAGGAAUCGAAGAGGUAAACAUGAUCAGAGAUGAUGGCACAGUCAUCCAUUUCAACAACCCCAAGGUGCAGGCCUCCCUCACAGCUAACACAUUUGCCAUCACUGGCCACCCGGAGACGAAACAAAUUGCAGAGAUGCUUCCAGGCAUCCUCAACCAGCUUGGAGCUGAGAGUUUAAGCAGCCUGAAGAAUUUAGCAUCAAAACUGCCAACAUCAGGAGGAGACAGUAGUCAACAGGCUACAGACGAAAUUGACGCAGAUGAUGAAGAUGUGCCAGAUCUGGUGGAGAACUUUGACGAGGCGUCUAAAGGAGAGGGCGUGUGAGAGAAGUCACGCGCGUGAGGGUGAAAGGUUUACCUGAGGAUAGUGCUAGUUCAUAUCUUCUCUGACCUAUUGUCAGCUGUCCUGGUCUACACAUCUACAUGACUGUCAAAUAAUGCUAAAUUGAAAUUCUCUAGGCAUAUCGUGUGCCAUCAACUCAUCCUGUACUGUAUGUGUGCGACAACGUGGCGGACCAGCUUCAGGAGAACCUGGUCCAGCACAAGAUUUCCUUGUCAUGGAGGAAACCUCCUUGUGUUUGAAGAGGGUCAAUUUUGUGGGGACACGAGAAAAAAACAAAAAAACAGACAAUAACAAAAAACAUUUGAGCACAUUUUUACAGUUGAUAAUAUUUCUGCAUUUGUUCAUAUAUCUUAUAAGCAUUUUGAGACAGCCUAAGGAGGUUGUUUGAAUACCCACAAAUAAAUAUGAUUGAAAUCUUGAAAGUU